AUGACGGCUAAGGUGUUUCUCCUUUGUCUUUCUCUAUUAUUAUUUCAGACUUCCGCUGAAUUGGUGAGUUCUAAGGAUGAUGGAUCAGUUGAAAAUCCAGAUUCUCUUAGAUUUUGGUACCCACAUCCUUCCUUUAAACCUCUAAGGCCUAGACUUCACCCUCGGCUGCCCAGAACCAAAUGGCCAUUCCCUAACCCUCCAUUGCCUUCUUGGCUUCCUAAAACCAAAUUCCCCCACCCUCCAUUGCCCUAUUGGCUUCCUAAAACCAAAUUCCCUCACCCUCCAUUGCCCUCUUGGCUGCCUAAAACCAAAUGGCCAGCUUUCCCACACCCUCCAUUGCCAUCUUGGGUGCCAAAGAAUAAAUGGCAUUUCCCAACACUCCCUUCAGGCGGUAGCAACUGGCCAUGGCUACCACAUGGUCCACAGCACAGCACCAAAACCAUAUGCCCUUCAACACCUGCAGUAAUCGAGAGUUGCAUGAAAGAGCAGGGCAAUGGCGGCUACAAAUUCUCCACAGAGUGUUGCAAGUCUGUUGCAGAGAUCAAAGAUGAAUGCAGUGAUGAGUUGUACGUUCCGGUGAUCAAAUAUCAGUGCAUGCUUGAAUCGUUGAAUCUGUCAUAG